AUGAUUCUUCCCCUUGUACUUUCUUUUCGCCCUCUCACAACUGUUGUUUCUUCUCCUCUAUCGUGGUCGUUUUUCCUCUUCCUUUCUCAUGAUUCUUCCCCCUUGUACUUUCUUUUCGCACUCUCACAACUGAUCCCUCUCACAACUGAUGUUUCUUCUCCUCUAUCAUGGUCGUUUUUCUCUUCCUUUCUCAUGAUUCUUCCCCCCUUGUACUUUCUUUUCGCCCUCUCACAACUGAUGUUUCUUCUCCUCUAUCAUGGCCGUUUUUUCUCUUCCUCUCUCACGAUUGUUCUAUAUAUCCCCGCCUUUUUAACGUUUAUUCUUUCUUUUCUCCUUCCCAUGAUUGUAAUUCCCUUUAUUGCCUGGUCACGAUUGUUCGUUCUCUUCCUCUAUCAUUAUUACUUUUUUUCUUUUCUCAUGAUUGAUCUUUCUUUCUCACAAAAUUCACCUUUCUUUUCGCCAUUUCACGAUUAUUAUUUCUCUUCCUCUAUCGUGUUGUUCUUUCUCUUCCUCUAUCAUGGCGAUUUUAUCUUUUCCUUUCUCAUGAUUGUUCUUUACUUCCUCCCCCACCUUAAUGAUUGUUCUUUCUUUUUGUACUCCCAUGAUUGUGCUUUCUUUUCGCCUAAUCACCUUUGUUCUUUCUUUUCCUCUUAUAUGGUUGUUUUUCUUUUCUUUUCUCACGAGUCUUCUUUCUUUACCCCACUUUCAUGUUUGUUCUCUAUUUUUCUUCUCUCAUGUUUGUACUUUCUUUUCGCCCUCUCACGAUUGUACUUUCUUCUCCUCUAUCUUGAUUGUUUUCCUUUCCUUUUCUUUUCUCUACGCGUUUGUUCUUUCUUUUUCCUCUCUCUGAUUGUACCUUCUUUUCGCCCUGUCACGAUUAUAUUCUCUCUUCCUCUAUCAUGUUUGCUUUUCUUUUUCAUCAUUAUUCUUUCAUUCCUCCAAACUUCAUAUUUUUUCUUUCUUUCUUUUUCUUCUCCUAUGAUUGCAUCUCUUUUUUUCGCCCAAUUACGUUCCUUCUUUCUCUUCCUCUAUCAUGACCGCUUUUCUUUUCCUUUCUCAUGA